AUGAAUGAAAAAGUGGAUGAUCCAGACGUCCUGGAGAUGAAGCAGCUGUCUAGGGAGAGUGAGGAGAUGGGGAAGGUCGAUUCCGAUGCGGAGAUUGCAGAUCAGCAGAGAAGGCUGAAGGAAACAGAGGGAGAUCCCAAAGGCGAGGAGGGGAGGGAAGCUGCAAGGAAAGGAACCUUCAAAGGAGAAGGCGAAGGUGGCAUUGUGUGCAGUACUCUACAAGUAUUUUCAGUCAAAGUUGAAGAAAUAAUUGAAGGUUUAAAAUGGCCGCUUGAGGUGUUUGGUAUGGUUGCUCUACGGGACUCGAUUGAUCUCAGUCGUAAUAUUAUCUUCAAGCGCGAAAGGCAUAACUGUCAGAUACUCACAGAUCAGGACUCCCAUGCCCAGAGUUGCCAUGCAUUACUUAUAUUGGAAUUAUGUAGAGAGCUCAGAUCUUGUACAAACAUACUGGUAGAUGAAUAUAAGCGAUCCUAUACGAGCAGGCUGAGCACACUGCAAUUGAUGCUUGGCCAUCUUACUGAUUCUAUGGAAGCUACAAUCAGAGUGCGAGUUGCUUCUGGGACAUGGCCAGAUGGUUUUGGUGGUUGGUUUGCGGUCCGUGCCGGCAGCAUAAAACAUAUAUUGUGUUGCUUGACUGGAGAUAAGAAAGUGUCUAUUACUGGUAAUGAGAUCAGGCUGGCACAGUUGGUUGUUUCUAUCGAAGCUCAUGGAAAGCUGAUAGUUUUCGUUGCUGCUAGGAAUGGUUCUGAUGUCUUAGGGAUGUAA